AUGUCUUUCUUGCGUCAAACGGUAACGCCCAGCGAGUGGAGCCAAGUCAGAGACUCCCGGAGCCCUGGUAGCGAGUCAAGGGCCGAAAAGAAGGCCAUUAUAGCCAAGUUCGAUGUGGCGGGCAAGAUGACGCUGCCCUUAGCGUCAGGGAGAUUUGUCAUGGACAAAGCGUUCGGGAUUCCGGGGGUGUGGCUCCAGGAUGGGCUCCGAGACUCGCGAUCGACCGCGGAUGCUCUCCACAUUCAGGGAUCCUCUGGUCAGCGCCAUGUGUCGUUUGGUCGUUCCCUGCAUGGCAAAUCCCAGUCCUCGUGUCCCUCCUGGUUGGAUCAUUUGUACGGUUCUUCCCGGUCUGCAGAGUCAAUCGAACUAGUUGAGACGCGAUGUCGGCCUUAUCCUGAUGAUGACUCGGUUGUCCGAUCCUUGUCUGGCAAGCUUGAUCUGCACAAACAGGUUGACGCAUUGGCGCACUGGACAACUAUCUUGCUUGUUAUUGCUCUCUUUCACGGCACUCCGCAGCCUUACUCGAAGUGA